GCGCUCAAAAUGAACCCAACCCACACUCAUUUGUCAGGAAAAAUCUCUCUCGUACUAAAAUGGCUUUCUUCACCGCUAGAGCUUCGCACCUAACUCGCAGUCGUGGGGCCACCUCUCUCUUCAAUCGCUUUAUGAGCAAUGUUCCCGAGAACACAGUCUAUGGCGGUCCCGCCGCCCAAACCUCCAACGAGAGAGUAACGCUCGCUUAUCUAAGGCAGAAGCACAAAAAGGGUGAGCCUAUUACCGUCGUCACCGCCUACGACUACCCUUCUGCCGUGCACUUGGACAUGGCCGGAAUCGACAUAUCCCUCGUCGGAGACUCCGCCGCCAUGGUCGUCCAUGGCCACGACACCACUCUCCCUAUUUCCCUCGACGAAAUGCUUGUUCACUGCCGAGCCGUCGCUCGAGGAGCUAAGCGCCCGCUUUUGGUUGGAGACCUUCCUUUUGGGUCUUACGAGUGUAGCACCAAUCAGGCUGUAGAUACGGCGGUGAGGAUAUUGAAGGAAGGAGGAAUGGACGCCAUAAAAUUGGAAGGAGCUUCGCCAGCAAGAAUCAAUGCGGCGAAAUCUAUUGUGGAAUCAGGUAUUGCCGUGAUGGGGCACGUUGGCCUUACUCCACAGGCCAUUAGUGUUCUUGGGGGCUUUAGGCCUCAGGGAAGGAAUGUUUCUAGUGCUUUAAAGAUUGUGGAAACCGCAUUGGCUUUGCAGGAAGUUGGGUGUUUUGCCGUGGUUUUGGAAUGUGUGCCUGCACCAGUGGCGGCUGCAGUUACUUCUGCUCUUAAGAUUCCCACAAUUGGCAUUGGAGCUGGGCCUUUCUGUAGUGGGCAGGUGCUAGUUUACCACGAUCUGCUUGGAAUGCUACAACACCCGCAUCAUGCCAAAGUUACCCCUAAGUUUUGUAAGCAGUAUGCGUGUGUUGGGGAUGUCAUAAACAAAGCUCUCUUGGAGUACAAAAAUGAAGUGACACAGGGUUGCUUCCCUGGUCCUGCUCACACCCCAUACAAAAUCAAUUCUACUUAUGUUGAUGAUUUCUCUAAUGAAUUGCAAAAAUUGGGUUUGAACAAGGCAGCAUCGGCAGCAGCUGAAGCUGCUGAGGAGAUUAGCAGACCUGAAUCACCUAGUGAACGCAGCCCAAAAAGUGACUAAACUUGGGAUGACUCGUAAUGUCAUCCUAGUAGGAAGUUGCAUUAUAUAUGUAUCUACUAUGGCUGCCCUUUUCAGUUUUGUUUCUGAGUGACGCUUAAGAUUUUGAAAGGAGAGAGAAAAAGUAUAAGAGUGGGAACGAAAGUUUUCAAAGUAAGGUAGCUGAAAUUCUUUUGAGGCAAAAGUAGUUUAUACUUAAUAAUAGUCUAGUCUAGAACUUGUUAGAACCCCCAAUAAUAAGGUUUAUUUAAAUGAUUAAUGGAUUAUAUCAGUUUCCA